AUGUGGUCGCUACUCUUGACAUCAUUAUUGCUCAAAGCCUUUAUACCAGUCUAUGUUUCCGGAUAUAAGAUUGACCAAUCUUGUGAAGACAAAGGCAUUGCGCAGGACAUCCGGGAUGCCAUGACGUCGGCUUUCGAGAAAGCUUACGAUGCAUAUGGAAUUCUGGUCUCCCCUCCCUUACACGCCGAGGCGCUCGAACUUCUAGGGUUUCUGUUCGUGAAAGACGGCGUGGAUCCUGCUAAGCUUGUAGAAGAGGGCAAAAUGGCAAAGACUAUCAGCGUGUUGCAAAACAUAAAUACCAACAUGCGUAACGAAGUAACUGGUCACGCCAGUGUACUUCCGAAAGAUGUGGUCAUUUUUUGCCAUUUCGAUCGCUGGAAGCCUGUCGAGGGAGAGGAAGAUCUUUGGCGAGAUACUACAAAUGGUAUCAAACUGAAAUUCAAAGAGCAACAAUGUAGAGGAGGCACAAAUCUUGAUAAAGUCGCUCUAGCUGUGACCUUCAACCCGGAGAUGGAAGACGAGGACAUUACCUGGAGGAAUGGCGUAGCGAUGGAAAGCAGACAGCCCACCCAGAUCCAGCUGUGCACGUGGUUCGUUGACUGGAUCAAGCAGAAGAAGUUCAAGCUCUCUGACGACGCUCAAAGGAGGACGAAUAUCGGUAGGGCGAUGAUCAAUAUGGCUGAAUGGAAUCUGUUCGGUCUCACACAGAUUGAUGCCUUCAAUCUUUUGGACAAGGUCCUCUUACAUGAGAUGACACACGGUCGUGGUGCUUAUGCUGAAUAUAACGACGGUAUGGUAGAGGUAGAGGGUCUCGCAGAUGUUCCGUCUACUACCCGACUUAUUGGUCUCUUCACGUCGCCUGCAUAUGGCUGGAAGGCGGCAUUGCGACUCGCCCGUGAAGGAGAUGACCUUGGGGGAGAAGCCGCACCAGACAACAACGCCGACACCAUAGCUCUCUUUGCGAGCGGCUCCUGGCUGCUCAAGAACAAAGCCAAGAUCGAUAGCAAAGGCCGAAUAGUAAAGAGGGCAGGUGUGGCUUGA